AUGGGUGCAUCAGGCUUAGGUUCUGCUUUAGCAAAUAGCAUUAAUCUCUCACAUUUAACACUAAACCUUUAGUUAAAACAUGGCAAUAAAAUUGGUGCAAUUGGUGGAUCAGGAUUAGGAUCUGGUUUAGCAAAUUGCAUUAAUCUCUCAAAUUUGUCUCUUUAACUUGGUUGGAAUAAAAUUUGUGAUGAAGGCACAUUAGGCUUAGGUUAUGGUUUAGCAAAUUGUAUUAAUCUCUCAAAUUUGAAACUUUAACUUGGUUGGAAUAAAAUUGGUGAUGAAGGUACAUCAGGCUUAGGUUCCGCUUUAGUAAAUUUCAAUAAUCUCUCAAAUUUGACACUUAACCUUUAUUACAAUUAAAUUGGUGAUGAAGGUGUAUCAAGAUUAGGUUGUGCUUUAGCAAGUUGCAUAAAUCUUUCAAAUUUGACACUUAACCUUUAGUAAAAACAGUUUAUUUGA